CCUUUGAAAAUAUAUUUGCAUGAAGUGAAGAUGAGAUUUUGUCUUCCACACACCCCCCUCCACCUUCUUAUUUAAACAUCCCCACCACUCUCAUUACUCUUUACACCUUCACCUUCACCCUCAUCCUCCUCCUCCUUUCGCUUUCAAGUUCUCAUUCCAAAGGUAUUUCCUUUUUUGAAGAAAACAAAAAAAUCUGAAACCUUUCUACUACUGUCACCAAAAUGCCUGAAAAAGCUUUGGAGAUCCAGCAAAUUACAACUGCUACCGCUACAACACCCACUUCUGACACUUCUACAGCAUGGUCCACAUCUCCAAACUUACCUAUGGCCUUUAAUAUCCCUCCUUCGCCUCCACCACCCCGUCGAAAAUCAGCAACUCUAGAUUCAACACCAAUGGGAACUCGUCGUAUAAGAAUUCUUCAGAGACUCACGGGUUUCACUAGCUCUUUGAAGUGGAGAAGGAAGAGGGUACCACGUGGGCGUAGGAUGUGUCCUUCUGAUCAACAGGAUGACUUCCAGCAAACAGGCACUCGCUGUCUCUCCUCUUACUACAGUGUGUUUGUCGUUCGCCUUGCUAUCAUGAUUAUGCUGGCCAUUUUAAUCGGCAUGUUAACUGUUCUGACAUGGCAUUUCACUAAAGUUUACACUACCAAAUCUCUCGACACUUUAGCUUAUGGCCUCCGUUAUGAGCUUCUCCAGCGUCCCAUUUUGCGUAUGUGGAACAUUUUAAACUCCACAUACGAAAUUACCUCAGCGCAAGUCAAGCUUUCUGAGUAUGUCUUGAGAAAAUACAACCCCACGACUCAGGCGAAUCCGACGUCUCAGGCACAGCUUGUUGAGCUCUAUGAAACCAUGAAGGCUGUAACAUGGUCACUGUUUCAAAGCCGCAAAGCACUCAAUGCAAUAACCAUAAAAUACAGAAAUGGCUUUGUUCAGGCUUUUCAUAGAGAUCACAGGAGUAACAAAACAUUCUACAUUUACUCUGAUCUCUCAAACUAUUCAAUCAUUGCUAGUGCGGCAAUUGAUCCCAACACGUACUCAAGUCAAGGUUGGAAUGAUCAAUCUAUAAAAGGUAAUGUUUCUGCCAUUUGGUAUCGUGAGCCACUUGAUCCAAACACUGGGGAAAAGAUUGGGAAAGCAAGGCCUAUUCCUCCGUACGAUCUUAUCAACAUUGCAGGCCUUUCAUUCGUGCCUGAUGGAGCGGCCUCAUGGCAUGUUGCGGUUAGCAAGUUCACUGAUUCGCCGCUGCUUUCAGCAGCACUACCAGUUUUUGGCCCUUCCAAUCAGAGUAUUGUGGCUGUUGUGGGUGUCACCACAGCACUUUCCAGUGUAGGCCAGCUUAUGAAAGAGCUGGUAGAAGUGCACAGUGGGCACAUAUAUUUAACUUCCCAGGAGGGUUACUUGAUAGCCACGUCAACUAAUGCUCCAUUGUUAUCAAACGCAUCAAUGAGGCCGGAGCUUGUGAUGGCUGUUGAUUCUCAAGACGAUGUGAUACGAACAGGAGCAAGGUGGCUGCAGAGCAAAUAUGGAAAUAAGUUUCCUCCUGGCCAUGUUGUCCACGUUGAGCAUGCUAAAUUGGGCAAGGGGGAUUACUAUAUAGACUCCUUCUUUCUGAACCUAAAGAGACUGCCCAUUGUGGGUGUCAUCAUUAUACCUCGUGAAUACAUAAUGGGAAAGGCUGAUCAGAGAGCCUUCAAAACUCUGAUUAUUUUGAUAUCUGCAUCAGUAUGUAUUCUCUUCAUAGGAUGUUUAUGCAUUUUGAUAUUGACAAACGGAGUCUCCAAGGAGAUGAAGUUACGUGCCGAAUUAAUCAGUCAUUUGGAUGCCAGAAGAAGGGCUGAGGCCUCCAACAACUAUAAAAGCCAGUUCCUGGCAAACAUGAGUCAUGAACUUAGAACGCCAAUGGCAGCCAUUAUUGGCCUUUUGGACAUCGUGAUAACAGAUUCCAGCCUUGCCAGUGAACACUAUGCUUCUUUGAGUCAAAUAAGGAAAUGCUCCUUAGCUUUACUGAGGCUGCUGAACAACAUAUUGGACUUGAGCAAGGUGGAAGCUGGAAAGCUGGUUUUGGAAGAGGCAGACUUCAACUUGGGCCAGGAACUGGAAGGAAUUGUUGACAUGCACUCUGUCCAGUGUAUAAACCAGGAUGUGGAGUUAGUUUUAGAUCUCUCUGAUGAUAUGCCAGAGACAUUUAGAGGGGACUCUGCUAGACUUGUUCAGAUAUUUUCAAAUCUUAUUAGCAACUCUAUCAAGUUCACAAAAUCUGGUCAUGUUAUUGUCCGCGGAUGGUGUGAGAACUGGAAUUCUUUUGAAGAUAAUGGGAAGUCUCUGCUUGAGCAGAAGAAAUCAUGGUGUGCUCUAAGGUCAAAGUUCAAACAACAGGCUAAUCAAGUAAAGAAAACCUGUAAAAAGGAAAACAAGAUGAUUCUUUGGUUCGAAAUUGAAGACACAGGCUGUGGAAUUGAUCCAGCCAAAUGGGAAACUGUAUUUGAAUGUUUUGAACAAGCUGAUGCCUCAACCACUCGAAAGCAUGGUGGAACAGGUCUUGGGCUAAGCAUUGUGCGAACACUGGUGACCAAGAUGGGUGGGGAAGUAAAAGUUGUUAAGAAAGACACUCCAGGAACUUUAAUGCGAUUAUACUUGCUUCUCAACACACCAUCAGAUGGCUGUGAGCAGAGCUGCCAAGUUGACUUUUCGAAACCUACUGUGGUGGUGCUUGCUUUAGGCAGUAGUGUGGGAAGAGGGAUAACGUCGCAGUGGCUGCGCAGAAACAAAGUGUCCACCAUAGAAGCAAGUGACUGGAAGCAGCUGACACUGAUUCUUCCGGAACUCUUUUACCCCUCCAAUGAGAGCAAUGGCUCGGGGGAACAGCCAUCAUUAAUUCAACCAUUGAAAGAGCGGCAGCCUUCACUAAGUCAAGCAGUGAAAGAGGAAUUGUUGAACAUAAAAGACAAGAAGGAUCAAGUUUUCAUCAUUGUGGUUGAUAUAGGGCUUCUUGAUUUCAAGGCAGGUAUAUGGUUGAGUCAACUUGACUACCUGGAUCAAUUCACAGGCAGAGCAAAGUUCGCCUGGACGCUAAGCCAUAACAGCUCCAGUAUGGUGAAGGCAGAGCUUAGAAGGAGGGGGCAUGUAAUUGUAGUUAACAAACCACUUUACAAGACAAAGAUGAUCCAAAUAUUGGAAGCUGCUCUACAGGGGAGGACUCUGGAGAUAGAGAUUUGUUCAAAUGAGGAUGGAGCUUCAAAAAGUAAAGCUCUCGUCGAUUGCGACAUUGCAGAAGCUUUAGUCCCUUUGAGUCUGGGAGAUAAAAUAGAAACACUCAUUAAUCCCAGAUCAACACAAUACCAGGCAUUCAUGAACAAUCAUAUUGGGUUCACUGAUCGAAAUCCUGAACAAAGUAAUUCAAGCACAGAUCCAGAAAAUAAAUCUCAGAGCAACCCAGAUUUACCUUACAGUGGACUUGAGAGUGGAAAGAGCAAGUUAAAGGCCAAGGAAAUAGCUUCCACUUCCGAAGAAAGUCAAACUGGAAGUUCAAAAUCCAAGAAGCAAAAGCUGGUCAGCAGUCCUUCCAAAGAGAAAGGCAAUUCAUCAUCAAGCGGAUCUGAUGAAGAAAAACUUCGUGAUUUGCAUAUACUAGUUGUGGAAGACACAUUGCUCCUCCAGAUGGUAGCAGUUAAAAUUUUGAAAAAGGCAGGCGCAACAGUUAACGCUGUGUCAGAUGGAUUGCAGGCAGUGGAAGCCAUGACAAGCAUGAUUAACUCACUGGUGAGAAGGUAUGAAGCUCUGAAGAAAGGAUUAGAACCAGAGCCAUUAAAGCAUCCUCCAUAUGAUUUAAUUCUAAUGGAUUGCCAGAUGCCAGUGAUGGAUGGAUAUGAAGCUACGAAAGAAAUAAGGAAAAUGGAAGAAGGAACUGGCAUGCACAUCCAAAUUAUUGCUCAAACAGCCCAUGCAAUGUCGACAGACAGAGACAAAUGCUUGGAAGUGGGGAUGGAUGGGUACCUAACAAAGCCACUUCAGGAGAAGAUGAUGAUUGAGACCAUCACGAAGCAUCUGGGCAUUAGCACUGAUUAAGUGCUGAUGGCAAUCAGUGCUAACAGCCAUGGGAAGCAAAAGCUAACAAGUAACAAGACAAAGAAGAAGAAUAAGACCACCACCAUAUGUAUCUUAACCAAUAGUAACUGGAAAAAAUAAACUUUUGGUAGUGUUUCAGGACUAUGCAUGUUGAAAUGCAAUUUACACUUGAGUUUAACUUCCCUUUCAAUUUCAGGUACUGUUGAAAUUGUACUUAGUUUGGUUGUAAGGUUCCAGCGAGUACCAUGAACUUAUGCUUGUGAUUUCAACAUGAAUUUCGUUUGCGUUCA